CCUUAAGAGAUAGCAGCCUAUUCUAGGAAACGUCUCCAUUACAGAAACGUUUCUCCUCCUUUGGACUCUGUUCGAAUCUUCUUCUUCCUUCUGCAAUCUUGUUCAGUCUCGGAUUACAUUUCUGUCACAUCUUCCCAACCAUAGACCUCCAAGCCCUAACAUUAAUGGACGACGCGGCUCAUCAUCAAGACAAGCGAAACGACAUCGUCCAGCAAGUGAGUGAUGCAUCUUCGGAGUGGGGAUUCUUCCAAGUGCUCAACCACGGAAUCCCCGAGAAUCUUCUAGAAGAAAUGAAAGCUGGCGUCCGCAGGUUCUUCGACCUGGACGUGGAGCAGAAGAAGGAAUUCUUCACGCGAGACCUCGAAACCAGGAAGGUCUUUUACAACACCAACUUCGAUCUGUACAAGUCGCAUUUUGCUAAUUGGAGGCACAGCAUCUACUACAAUAUGGCGCCAGAUCCGCCCACCUCUCAGGAGCUCCCCGCUUGCUGCAGGGAAAUCCUGAUUGAUUACUCUAAGCAAGUGAUGAAAUUGGGAGAUCUGAUUCUACAACUGCUGUCGGAGGCGCUAGGUCUGACCCAAAAUCAUUUUAAUGAAAUGGACUGUUCGAGAGGAUUGUAUCUACUCUGCCAUUGCUAUCCGGCCUGCCCUCAACCCGAGUUGACCCUAGGUGCGAGCAAGCAUCAAGACGAUGACUUCAUAACGCUGCUUCUCCAAGAUGACAUCGGAGGCCUUCAAGCUCUCCAUCAGGAUCAUUGGGUCGACGUGCCUCCGGUGCCUGGGAGUCUCGUGGUCAACAUUGGAGACCUUCUUCAGGUGAUCAAGGCCUAGCUAGCUUGAAUUAUUAAUAUAUCAAAUACUAGCUAGUGCAUUUGGAUCCUUUUUUUUUCUCUCUUGUGAAGUGUUGAGUUUAUUCGGAUUAAUUCCCAAAAUACAGUAAUAAUUAAAAAAAAUUCCCAGAAUACCGAACUUUUAAAAAAAAAUUCCCAAACUACCAAAGUUUGACACAGUUCGAGUUCACAAAACUCGAACUAGUAGUGGAUCGAUUGCCGAAAACACGAUCCAGAUGAAUCGAGGAUGGCACACUCGAACCACAUGAAGUGGAUCGAUGAGCUGGGCAGCGCUCCACCAUAGAUCGAUGUACCAGGACGCGAUCAGGGUCGUUCGAUUGCUCAACCAUCGAAGCAGUGAUGACCCGGAUCGAGUGCGGUAAACUCGAGGUAAGUGGAUCGAGUCAGGUAUAAUCGAUCCAUUUGACGCGGAUCGAUGACGUCAGGCGCGCCCCACCGUUGAUCGAGUGGUCUAAACUCGAUCUAGGCCGUUCGACUGUCAAACCCGCGAAGCAGGGAUGACGCGGAUCGAGUGCGUGGAACUCGAUGACGCGGAUCGAGUGCGUGAAACUCGAUGUAGUGGAUCGCUGAUGUCAGGCUCGAUCAACUGUUGAUCGAUUACCCUAAGCUCGAUUUGGUUGGUUCGAUGCGCCUAACCACGAUCUGCUUUUGACGCGGAUCGAGUGCUCAAAAAUC